AUGCUGUGGACACUCUCCCUGAUUGUAGCUUUCCUGCCUCCUGGCAGUCAAGCAUCUUCCAACUCAGAGAAGACCAUGACAGUGGUCACCAAGCCAACUGGGUCAUCUGUUACAGUCACUUGUAGUAUUCCUCAACAAAGUAACUACAUCCACUGGUACCGGUACCAGGAGGGGAAGGCCCCACAACGCGUUCUCUACUACAUCGUCAGCAGUUCCAGAUCUUUAGUGGAUUCAGGAUUUGAUGCAAGGAAAUACCACGCUGAUAAAAGCACACAGGGGAGCUAUAACGUUUUCCUACGAAACCUGGAAGAAAGUGACUCUGGAGUGUAUUACUGUGCUGUCUGGACCGGCACACAGAAUGUUGGUUGGAUCAAGAUAUUUGGAAAAGGAACUAAGCUCAUAGUAACUCCUCCUGAUAAAAAGCUGGAUGGAGACUUUUCUCCCAAGCCCACUAUUUUUCUCCCUUCCAUUGCUGAAACAAAACUACAUAAAGCUGGGACAUAUCUUUGUCUGCUUGAGAAAUUCUUCCCUGGUGUCAUCAAGGUGUACUGGAAAGAGAAGAAUGGUGAUACGAUUCUGAAAUCUCAGGAAGGAAACACCACGGAGACUAAGGGCACAUAUAUGAAAUUUAGCUGGCUAACUGUGCCUCAGAAGUCAUUCGAUAAAGAACACAGAUGCAUUGUCGAACACGAAAAUGUAAGAGGAAGUAAACAAGAGAUUCUUUUUCCUGCAAUAAACAAAGGUACUGUGUUGGGAGCAGUGGAUAAGAAAAGAAAACCAAGUAGUCUUGGGUCUGAAAAUCGCACUGUGUUGGGAACUACAGAUAUGAAAGGAAAACCAGACCAUCUUGGAUAUGCAAAGGAUGUCCUGCGGCUGCAGCUCACAAACAGCUCUGUGUACUACACCUACCUGCUCCUGCUCCUGAAAAGCUCUGUGUACCUGGCCAUUGUCACCUUCUCUUUGCUUAGAAGAACAGCUGUCUGCAGUGCUGAAAAGAGUUCCUAA